GAUGCCAGGUUUGAGAGAGAGGUUGCGCGGAGGGGGAUGGGUCGAGACUGGUUAGCAUGGAAGAACCUUGAGGGUUCUGAGGCACCAGAGGAUGUCCUUUGACCGCCUUGAUGAGUCACGUGGACUGACGGGGGCGGGGCGGAAAGGCUGGAUAAGUUCCUUCCGGGUCAGUGACAGAAGCGUGGACUCCGCUGAGUAGUUGCUGGCGUCUUGGUCCGCUCCGCGUCUUCCUCGUAUCAACGCGAGGUGAUUGUGGUUUCCACGAUGAGCUCCCAGAAAGGGAACGUGGCUCGUUCCAGGCCUCAGAGGCACCAGAAUACGUUUAGCUUCAAAAAUGACAAGUUUGAUAAGAGUAUUCAGACCAAGAAAAUUAAUGCAAAGCUUCAUGAUGGAGUUUGUCAGCGCUGUAAAGAAGUUCUUGAAUGGCGUGUAAAAUACAGCAAAUAUAAACCAUUGUCAAAGCCUAAAAAAUGCAAGCCAGCGAAGAAGGUAUCGUCAUUAUCCAAAUGUUGCAGGUGAUGAAACUGAGGCAUGGAGAGGUUAAUAAUUUGCCCAAGAUCACUCAACAAGUAAGUGGCAAGAAAUCAAGAGCCCACACUUUUUAACCAUGACACGCUGCUAUUUAUUGAGUGGACAAUAUGUAUGGAAACUCUACACAAAUUAUUUAUGACAUGACCCUGAAAGAUGGCCAUUAUUAGCCUCCUCCUUUGAUAGAUAAGAGAAGUGCGGAGACUCUGAGUAAUUUCCCCGAUGUUGUUCAGUGAGCUGGGACUCAAAUCCAGAUGUGCCUGAUGCCUAAAUCCAUGCUUUUUGCUUUACAUCUACUACCUCUUACUAUCCCCAAGGAGGAGCCCUCUCAGACUGGACUGAGUAGCUGCUCUUUCCAAUCCGAAGAAGUGCGGUGCUCAGA